AUGUCCAGCUCCCAGUUCGCCGCUCAGCAGGAUAUUGCGUCUGCGCCUCCAGAAACCAAUGCUUCAAUCCCGCCACGAAAGAGGAGGAAACGUGCGCCUGCUGCUGGAGCAGCUGCGGACUGUUUCACCUGCACAAGUCGCAGUGUUGAUUGCGACCGUCGGAGACCCUACUGCUCCAGAUGCUUGGAUGAUGGGAAAGACUGCGCUGGCUACAAGACUCAAUUGACCUGGGGGAAUGGAGUGGCAAGCAGGGGCAAGCUGCGUGGCCUUUCACUGCCCAUUGCUGGCACACAGAAGCUUUCGUCGCCCAGUUCACCACCGAGGCCAAAGAGGACACCGGUGCCGCCGCCGCCACCCCCGCCGCGUCCACCACAGCUGCAUCACAUUCUCAAUGCUGCUCCAGAAGUCCUAUCCGCAUCCACUCCGGCUGUGCGAUCCCCAGAAUCUUCUACCACCGGCAAUGCGCCCUUCCACUUUGGUCCACCCCAUCCUCCAAUUCCACCCUCUUAUGCCGCGACUCCGAAUUCGUGGAGCCCCCAACCAGAACUCCCCGGUAUCAAAACAGCGCUGGGAGUGUGUCUGUAUCCAGCUCCUUCAUGGGCUGCCCAUGAGGUACCUACCGGUGCUGGUCUCAGGCGGCCCAGUGCUGCAUACAGCGGGAGCGACCGAGUGUCCCCCAUGUCUCACUCUCCUCGUUCUCCCGAUUCGGCAUACUUUGGACGAAUCUUGAACCAUAACCCGCCUGGUAUAACAGCGACUUUGCCUACGUAUCCUGAGUCCCCUCAAGUUACCCCCUCAUUUGGUGGGUCAUAUCCCGAUCACGGGCAGUUUCCCAUUUACCAGAGACAGGACGAGUCCGCCCGGGUCCUUCUACCCCAAGAAGUGGAACUAGCCCCCGCCCAACUCGUCGACGAAGCUGCUAAUGAAGAGGUCGAGGAAGUUCUUCGAAAUCCAUACGAAAACGAAUGUGCCAUUGUUGAAGAUGAGUCCAUAGUAGGCUUUUCCCGGUGGUCGCUCCACGACUACAGCCUUUUGCUCUCGCCUUUUGCAGGUGUAACAGCUAUCGGAGCAACGCCACGGAUGCAAUACCUCAUACAAUAUUAUACUGAGGUCAUCUCGCCCGUAAUUGUUGCGUUCGAUGGUCCUUCAAAUCCGUAUCGGACACAAAUUCUGCGGCUAGCUGGAAGGAGCGAAACUCUCCAGCAUGCGAUCGCCGCAUUGGCGGCGAGUAACCUGAGACAACGGCGCGAAACAGGGCUAUCUACGGGCAAAACUGAUCCGGCGAGGCGGUCCUCUAUGGCACAUCUCACCCUCACGAAGGAACAGUGGCAUGAAACGGGCUUGUUGACUCCGCAGGAGCAAGCACGUGAGGAAUCAAUGCAUAAAGGGAUUGCCAUUCAAUCCCUAAACAUGCAGCUUGCCAAUCCCAUUCAACGAAUGGACGAUUCGAUUCUGGCCACACUACUUAUCUUGUGUCUGUUCCAUAUCUGCGACUCAGGGGUUGCUAAGUUCCGGACACAGUUCGCUGGAGUCAAGAAACUCCUCUCGCUGCGCAAGAAUGAUCCAGGCUUGAAUACGAAGGAGGCGAAAUGGUUUACACGGAUGUUUACCUGGUUUGAUGCAAUGACUGCUACAGUCAACGAUCGUGAGGGGCAGCUUCAGGGCUACCAUUUGGACGUGUCCGCCGUUUCCGAUGAGGAAUGGGCAUUGGAGAAUCUUGCGGGUUGUGAUGGGCACUUGUUCAAGAUCAUCGCCAAAUUAGGCAGGCUAAAUGUGUUGAGCCAAGGUAAAUCUGUCGAAGAGUAUCCUACCAUUGUUUCUCGACCACCGCCAACGAUCCCAUCCGCACUGAAUUUUGACUAUAGCAAAUUUGAUGGCAAUGGAUGGAUGCGGAUCACGGAGGACGAGGAAUUGUUCUCCAGCAAAGUAUCCCAACCCGACGUGAAGACGCAGUUCUGGCGAGAAUGGAGGGAAAUUCGACAGUCAUUGUUGGCUUGGCAGCUGGAUACUACCAUCUUCGACUACCCGAACCCUAGAGCGCCCUAUUUGACCGGCGAGCAGCACGUGGAUCUCGGCAAUAUAUCUGAGUCCUUCAGGUAUUCUGCACUGCUAUACACGGAACGCCUAGCCCAUCCACAAGCUCCCAGUACGGACUCAGCCAUACGCGAUUUGGUCCAAGUAUGCCUCAAGUACAUCAAAGCCGUCAAGUCGGACGUAUAUCUUCUCUGGCCGUUGUUCAUCACAGGUAGCGAGUGCGUGGAUGACCUUGAUCGUGAGGUGAUUCGCCAACGGUGUCUGGAUAUUCAAAAAGACAGUGGGUUUCUCAACAACAAGAGCUGUUUGGAGCUUUUGGAAAAGGUGUGGCGCAAUUACGAUGAUAAGAAGAAACGACAUGUGGCUGACAGUGAGCGCGGGAAUUCCGAGAGAGAUGUGGAUGACGAAACUGGCUUCAGGUUCACGACUAUCAUGAAAAUGGAGAACAACCAGGGCGAGUAUAUUGUCGUCUGA